AUAACACUUUGCAUUUGAUGUCAUUCAGCCUUCCAAAUGAUGGACUGUCUCUCUCUUUCCGUGAAUCUGUCCCAAAGUUGCAGAUUGUGGCUGUCAAAUCAGAAGACACCACUCAGUAUCCAAGGAAAACCAUUGCAUAGCUUAUCGAUUCAGUUGAGGUCGGGAAAGUAAGGGUAAUGAGCAUCAUCUAUGCAAUUGAUACCGACUGGGCUUGGUAUUAUUUUAGUUGUCGUUCCUGCAAUAAAAAAGUGACUCAUAUACGCACUAGAUUCCAUGCUGUUGAGAGUAAGCCACAAAAACCAAAGUUUUGGUGUGAUGUUUGCAGGUCACCUGUGACCAAUGUCGUUCCAAGGUACAUGAUUUACGUUAAGGUCAUGGACAAUACAUCAGAGACCAAAUUUCUGUUAUUUGACAGCAUUGCUUCUGAGGUUAUUGGAAAAUCUGCAACUUCUAUUCUUGGUGGUUCAUUGGAUGAGAUUACAAAUGCUGAAGAUUUACCUGAGGCUAUCAAGAACGUCAUUGGCAAAAUAUUUGUCUUUCUGGUUUGUGUGGAACGAGAAAAUAUUUGGGAUGGUAAAGAUUCCUACAGGGUAACCAAAAUUCUUUCCAAAGAUGGACUCCUAGCCGAGCAAAUCACCGAAGAAUCAAAUGAAAUUCUGAACCCAUCUUCAUUUGUCUCCGGUGAUCAGGUACACCUUGCUUUGACUUAUAGUCAAGAAACUUCUGAAUCAACUACUCCCUCCUCUAAACGUGUCUACGCAUCAAAUUCUGAUACACCUGAACAAUCAUCCUCUUCAAAGAAGGUGUGUGCUGAAUCGAUUCAAACUGCGGAUUCCAUCAAGAAGUUUGAUGUAAAGGUGUCAACACUUGAGUUUGGAGAAAAGGAAAUGGAAGAGGGUAUUGAUCUAGCUAAGACUACGGAGACCCCUAUGUGCAAGAUGAAAGAUAAUCAUGUUGGAAACAUUAAAACAAAGGGGGUUCAAAUCAAAGUUGAAAAGAAGUAA